AUGGAGAACACACGAAUACGCCGACCAAAAACCCCCGCCCUUCCUCCCCCGCCGUCUCCCGGCAGCAAAAGCCGCUCCUCCCCUGCCAUAACCCUACCCGAUAACAACUCAUGUGCCGCAAACACAAGCCAACGCUCAACCAUUCACCGAUCAAAAUCAGUGACAAAGUCAAGAAAUAAGAACGACAAGGAUGAAGAGAAUUUAAACCCCUUGAAUUGUAAAACCAAGGCAGGUUUUACCAAGUUCUUGAAGUCCUCCCCGGCGACUUCCCCGUCUGCAUGGGCACUGUCACCUGGCCGGUCCUUGGGCUCUCCCCUUGUUUUGUCUCCGCUGACGGCGGUUGAGCACGCGGCGACAGAUGGACGGAGAGGAAAACUAGGCAGUCAACGAGGUGGUGCAGUGAGCGGAGUUUUGAGGUUUUUUAAACCAAAGAAAGCGGCAGCGAUGAUGGAAGCAGAAGAGCUUCAUCGGUUUAGGAUUUUGCAGAAUAGGUUGUUGCAAUGGAAGUAUGCUAACGUUAGAGCAGAGACUUCCAUGGCUAACGUUAAAACACUUGUUCAGGACAGAAUAUUCAGUGUGUGGCUUCAUAAUUUGAGAAUGAGAAAUCGGAUAUUAGAAAAACGAAUUGAAGUUGAAAAGUUGAGAAAGGAGAUCAAGUUAUACAGAAUAAUCUUCCCUCAAGUUAGUCUCCUGAAGCAAUGGGCCAAGUUAGACAAAAGAAACCAAGAAUCAGUUGGCAGUUUAGCCUCUAUUCUUUCAACAUUCUCACUCAAACUCCCUCUACUCCAUGGAGCCAAGAUUGACACAAAGGCUUUUCAACAAGCAUUAAGCAUGGCCAUGGAGGUGAUGGUCAAACUAGAGGCAAUGAUCACCAAACGCGCAUCCCAGCAACUGGAGAAAACGUUGUACGUGCUAACGGAGCGGCUAAGCAUAUUUAAAGAACAGGAAGAAUGCUUGGAAAAGCUGGAGGAGGCUGUAUGUUCGGUCAUCACUUUACUGGCGAAGGAGAAUAGUAUUAGAAUACAAGUCAUACAAGCAACAAAUUCUACCACGAAGGAUCAUCCUUUUCCUACUUGUUAACAUUUCAUUUGUAUUUACUUUCUAAUCUAAUUGUACAUGAAAGGGCAAUUUGGGCCUUUUUUUUAUAUAUAUUUAUAAUUAUAUAU